AUGACUAUUGUGCAUCUUUUUUUUUCUGGAAAUCUCAUCAGCAAUAUCUCUUUUUUUUUUUGGGGGAAUCUCAUCAGCAAUAUCUCUUUUUGGGGGGGGGAAAUCUCAUCAGCAAUAUCUUUUUUUUUUUUUGGAAAUCUCAUCAAUAAUAUCUCUUUUCUUUCUGGAAAUCUCAUCAAUAAUAUCUCUUUUCUUUCUGGAAAUCUCAUCAAUAAUAUCUCUUUUCUUUCUGGAAAUCUCAUCAAUAAUAUCUCUUUUCUUUCUGGAAAUCUCAUCAAUAAUAUCUCUUUUCUUUCUGAAAUCUCAUCAAUAAUAUCUCUUUUUCUUUCUAAAAUCUCAUCAAUAAUAUCUCUUUUCUUUCUGGAAAUCUCAUCAAUAAUAUCUCUUUUCUUUCUGGAAAUCUCAUCAAUAAUAUCUCUUUUCUUUCUGGAAAUCUCAUCAAUAAUAUCUCUUUUCUUUCUGGAAAUCUCAUCAACAAUAUGA